UCCCAGCCUGGCCCGGUGAGCGCCAUCCAGCAGGGUUAGCCAGUGCUGUGGAGCCAGGUGGUGCACGCAUGCUCCUCCAUCUGCAAUCCCCCCUCCUCCCGCCUCGUCUCCUCCCACUCCUGUCCCGAGCUAUCAACGGGGACCAGCUCAUCCAUUUCUGCCAGGGACGGGAACAAGGGGCUGAACAAUACGGCACCUCGCCCUAGCCCUCAAUCCAGCCGCCCGCUUCGAGCCGCGGCAGCUCCUGGGGCUUCAGCACCACGAGGCGCGGACAGCUCCCUGUGCCUCGGCCGCAGGCUGGUGCGGGGGUCGGCGCUGCGGGUCGGGGCUCAGGUUACACACAAAGCCGGCUUGUGCAAAGCAGGGAGCCUCCUCAUUCCUCACCCUAGCUAGCGAGCCCGUCUCCCUGCGAGCUCUGCAGCCAGCCUCGCCUCUAGCAGCUACCCCGAAGGCCACAAGGAUGGUUUUCAAUUGGGCGACGCUGGUUCAGGUCCUGGCGCUGAUCGUGAGCCAGGUUCACGGCUUCCCUAAGCCCGAGGGCAGCAGAGAUAAAGGGAUAUACAACAGAGAAUUAAGUGAAGAGAGACCAUUGGAGGAACAGAUUGCUGAAGCUGGGGCAGGCAAGAUCAGGAAAACAGUCCCUACAGAAAAUAAGCCAGAGUUCAGAAAUUAUUCCUUUACUGAUGACUUGAACCUGCUAAAGUCAGUAACAGGAAAAGAGAGGAAUGAAAAGGAGAGGGAAUCAAUAAGAAGCUCCCUAUAUGAUCAUCAACAACCGGCCCCUGAUGAUGCAGACUCCACCAAGAACCGCAGGCUGGUAGAUGACUAUGACUCCACUAAAAGUGGACUGGAUUAUAAAUUUCAAGAUGAUCCAGAUGGUCUUCAUCAGUUAGAUGGCACUCCCUUAACUGCUGAAGACAUUGUCCAGAAGAUUGCCACAAGAAUUUAUGAGGAAAAUGAUAGAGGCGUAUUUGACAAAAUUGUCUCGAAGCUUCUAAAUUUGGGUCUAAUCACAGAGAGCCAGGCCUAUACAUUAGAGGAUGAAGUGGCUGAGGUCUUACAGCAGUUAAUUGCUAAUGAAGCAAAAGAUCGUGAGAAGGAGUCAGAAGAUCUUGAUUACCCUCCAAGCAGAACAGACAGUGAUACAGAAGAAAAGCAGGAGGAAAAAAUGUUUGUGGAGACACCAAACGUUGCUGAUCAAGUUGGUGUCAUGAAUGGAGAAAUUGAUGAUACUUUGGAUAACACCUGGCCCUCCUCCAGUGUCUUGGAAAGAAGAAACGAGCUGCCUUCUGAGGAUAAUUUUGAGGACCUCCAGUAUUUCCCAAACUUUUAUGGACUACUAAAAAGUCUUAACUCAGAGGAGGCAAAAGAAAAAGAAACCCUGAUAACUAUCAUGAAGACAUUGAUUGAUUUUGUGAAGAUGAUGGUUAAAUAUGGAACAAUCACACCAGAAGAAGGUGUUUCGUAUCUGGAAAACUUGGAUGCAAUGAUAGCUCUGCAGACAAAGAGUAAACUUGAAAGCCCCCUGACCAGCACUAAAAACAAGCUACUAGCAGAUAAGAGCAAUGAAGAGGCAGACAGUACAAAGGAAGAAGCAGCUAAAAUGGAAAAACAAUAUGAAACAUUGAAGGAUUCCACAAAAGUGGAAGAACAAAAUACAGCAGGAAACAAUGAAGAACCAAAAGGGAAAGCUGAGGCGUAUUUGGAAGCCAUCAGGAAGAAUAUAGAAUGGCUGAAGAAGCACAACAAGCAGGGAAAUAAAGAAGGUAUGAAAUAAAUAAUCUUGCCCAUG